AUGCAGGAUCUGGUCUUGAUGGACCCAGAUGGCGAGCGGGACGGUGCCGCCAACAAAUUUUUCCAGUGGAAGAAGGAAAAACUUCCACAUCUGGUUCAAAGGGUAGAGGCAGGAUAUCUACGCGAUUUGCGUUUACUUCAAAAAGAGUACGGUCCGACAUCAGUAGAAACACAAGUGAGAGACGACAGUAAAACAAAUGCACACAAGAAAAAAAGAACAAAUAAACAAAGAAUAAUAGAAACGAGUUCUUCUUCCGAGAGCGAUUCUUCGGACUCUUCAUCCGAAGAGAGCAGCUCUUCAAGCUCUUCAUCCUUGACAACAUUGUCAAGCUUGUCGUCAGUCAGUGUUGCAGUCGCAAAGAAGAGAAAACGAACUUGGACCAAGUUCAGAGGCAAGAGUGGUAGCUCAUCGGACAGCGACAGCGACGAUUCGAUAGUAAAUACAAGGUUGAAAAGGAAAAAGAACACGUCAGAGGUCAAAGAUGAUAAGAAAAAGAAUAGUGUUAUAAGUGAAAAGAAACAGAAAAGUGAAACAAGUGUAGAAAGUAAACAGACAAAGAAAAGACAAAUUGAUGAAAAACACAGUGAAAAUGAAAACAGUAAAACAAACAAAAAGAGUAAGCACGACAAAGAGAAGGAGAAUACACAGAAUAGUCUGACUAGUGGAAGUGUUAAUGAAAAGAAGAAGCAAAGUGAAACAAGUGAAAAGAAAAUGAAUGGUGAGGUAACUAAAAAGAGACAGACAAGUGUUGCUAGUGAAAUAGAAAGUGAAACGAAAAAGAAAAGUGAAAUUAGUGAAAACAAAAUUGAAAAGACUAAGAAACAAAUAAGUGUAAAAGAAAAUGAAAAUCAAAGUGAAACAAGUGAACAGAAAAAGAACGGUGAAGUAACUAAAAAGAGACAGACAAAGUUUACAAAGGAGCAAAUAAGUGCAAAAGUUAAUGAAAAGAAGCAAAGUGAAACAAGUGAAAAGAAAAAGAAUGAUGAAGUAAGUGUUAAGAAACAGACAAGUGUUGCUAGUGAAAUAGAAAGUGAAACGAAAAAGAAAAGUGAAAUUAGUGAAAACAAAAUUGAAAAGACUAAGAAACAAGUAAGUGUUAAAGAUAAUGAAAAGAAGAAGCAAAGUGAAACAAGUGAAAAGAAAAAGAAUGAUGAAGUAAGUGUUAAGAAACAGACAAGUGAAACAAAUGAAGAAAGUAUAAAGGAAAAGAAAAGACAAAUAAGUGAAAAGGAAAGUGCAAAUAAAAAUUCUGAAACACUCAAGAGAAGAAAGAAUGAUGAAGUUAGCGAACGGAAACAGAACAGUCAAACAAAAGAAAAUAGUGGUGGAAAGAAACAUAGUGAUAUAAGUGAAACGGAAAAGAAUGGUGAAGGAAAUGAAAAGAAAAGUCAAACACAUGGAAAAGAUAGUGAACAGAAGAAUAGUGGGAAAGGUAAACAGGGACAGAGAAGAAAAAACAAAAGAUACCAAAAGUGA